AUAAAAGCGACUGUCAAUUUCAUUUGGACCAAACUCUGUCAAAAAUUGUGAAUACUUCAACAACCAAUAACAAGGAGCUUCAAAUUUACUCACGAUGAGAAUACAAUAUGUCCUGUUGCCCAUUGUUGUGGCUAUUCUUGUGAGCAGUGCAGGAGCAGCCAGAAUUCGUCCUGCAGUUGGUGCCGUUAACAACGCUUUGUAUCAACGCUUUGUCUGUGCCAGGAAGGCCGAUGGAUUCCGUACUUUGCAGCCCGGCAGUUGCUCACAAUUCUACGAGUGUCAAGCUGGUGUUGCCAAGGCCAAGUCCUGUCGCAACUUCUUCGAUCCCAAGAGCCAAAAAUGCGUCAGCUACAACGUUGGUUGCGUUGAGGUUAAGCAGGCAACGAAUAUGUAUGCGGAGGUUGAAGCAACAACAUGCGAAACAACCACACUGCCCUGUGAAGAAACCACGACAACGUGCGGACCUACAACAACAACCACUUGUGAAACAACAACCACUACAUGUGAGCCCACAACAACCACCACAUGUGAGCCUACAACAACAACCACUUGUGAAAGUACAACCACUACAACGUGUGAACCUACAACAACAACCACUUGUGAAACAACAACCACCACUACAUGUGAACCUACAACAACAACCACUUGUGAAUCUACUACAACCACCACAUGCGAGCCUUCAACAACAACAACCACAACAACAGCUAGCACCACUACAACAACAACCACUUGCUCUACAAGCACAACAACGACAACAACAACCACCACCACAACAACAACCACAUGCUCUACAACCACAUCUACUACCACAACAACAACAACCACCACAACAACAACAACCACAUGCUCUACUACAACAUCUACUACCACAACAACGACAACAACAACCACCACCACAACAACAACCACAUGCUCUACUACCACAUCUACCACGACAACAACAACAACCACCACCACAACGACAACAACAACAACCACAUGCUCUACAACCACAACAACAACAACUACCACUACUACAACAACGACAACAACAACCACUACAACCACUACGACAACCACAUGCUCCACAACGACAACAACCACCACUACUACAACAACAACUACCACCACCACAACAACAACCAAGUGCUCUACAACAACAUCUACCACAACAACAACCACCACCACAACAACGACAACAACAACAACCACAUGCUCUACAACCACAACAACAACUACCACUACUACAACAACGACAACAACAACCACUACAACCACUACGACAACCACAUGCUCCACAACGACAACAACCACCACUACUACAACAACGACAACAACAACCACCACUACUACAACAACGACAACAACAACCACUUGCUCUACAUCUACUACAACAACGACAACAACCACGACGACAACAACCACUACCACCACUACGACAACCACUUGCUCUACAACGACAACCACCACCACCCCUGCAACGACAACAACAACAACCACUUGCUCUACAACCACCACAACAACAACCACGUGCUCCACCCCUACAACAACCCCAUGCACCUCGGCAGCACUUACGACGCCUACAACAACCUCCUGCCCGCCACCGACAACCAAACCUUGUUCGGAGACGACGACAACAGUUUGCUCAUCACCAGCAACAACCACAUCGGCGACAACAGCUUCCUCUUGGUGGAGGUUGUUUUAGAAUGACAAUAGUUUGAGGUACCAAGACACGAUGGAAACACGAAUGUUAUAUUUAGAUCCAAUUUCAUAUUCUAUUACAAAGUCUUUUCCUUUAAGCAUCUGCUGCUAUUCCUUUGUUUUCGCAUCUUUCUUUUCACGAUUAAAUUUUCUUCUAAAUUCUGGAG